AGUGAUUCAGCGACUGUCUCUGGAUGCCUACAAAAAUAGUUGAAUUGUCUUCAUUAGAAACCCGUCGCUUUGUUUCGAAAGAGCAGCCGAUCCAGUGCUCGCGCUCGCUUUGUUGACUGAAAGCAAGCAGAUACAGAAAAUAAGGAGAAAACUAGUCCCGGAGCGGAUGAAUCACGCGGAGGUAUAUUGCGGUUGUAGGCCCCUCAGCUGAUGUGAAACUAGCAGUGGUAGAGAGAAAAGAGGAGCUGGUGCACUGUCUGUUACAACUACAACACUGGAACAAAUAGUGAAUGGUAGUGUCUAGAAAGGGUAUGUCCCUUCAGGAGAGAGGUGCCAAUGUCCAACCGGCCUAAUUCCAAUCCAGGGGGGUCACUGCGCCGUUCACAGAGGAACACUGCUGCGGCCCAGCCACAAGACCACACAGUUGCUGGAAGGUUGCAGUCAGAGCAGGUAAAACAUAAAGCAAAUUCCCCACCUGAAAGUAGAAGACCUAAUUCUAAGGCUCCCAAAGCCACAGCCAGCUCAGCCACUGGCCAGUCCAGAGGGCACAGCUCAAGAAGAAGCGGUCUUACUCUGUCCGUGGCUUCAUUUGUAUUGCAAGACGACCCAGAGGCUGCAGGAACAUCUGAACAAGAGCGACCAGGCCACCAAUCUAAGAGUGAAGGCAACCGAGGGCUGAAGCGAAGUGAAGCUCCUGACCAAAUAAGUACCUUUGGCCCAACCCCUGCCAAGAAGCCGAAAUCACUCCCAUCACCCCGAGACAAUACCUCAGAGACCAAGAAAGGCCCAGUUAAGUCCAAGAAGAGAUCACUUACUUCAGAAUUGCCUGCAUCGUCAGGUCGAGGCCAGAGCAAGAAGAGUGUGGCCGCUGGGGCCUCGCCAAUCCAAAAACGGAAAAAAGCAGACUCUCUCCCCGGUCUUAGUAGCACCGCUGGGUCCCUCCCCAAUCGUACCGAGGGCAGAACUGCAAAACCCACCAAGCUGGCGUCUAAAUCGGCCGCCUCAGCCAAAGCUGGGUGUAGCAACGUGACAGACUCCUCCUCCUCCUCUGCCUCCACCUCUUCCUCUACUACAGGCACCAACAGCACCACCACCCAAGGCGCCCGAGUCAAACAAGGAAAAGACCAGUCCAAGGCACGUCGCUCCCGCUCAGCAUCUAGCCCCUCUCCACGCCGUAGUACACGUGACAAAGAGCAGGCCAAAGCUGCCAGCUCUUCAAAAUUUGAGUGGGCAGCUCGCUUCAACCCCAAAGUCAAUCUGCCAAAACCCAAACUGUCCUUGCCUGGAUCAUCCAAAACUGAGACCUCCAAACCUGGGCCAUCAGGAUUACAAGCUAAGCUAGCAAGUUUGAGAAAAUCCACUAAGAAGCGCAGCGAGUCUCCUCCAGCAGAGCUCCCCAACUUUCGGCGGAGCACACGCCAGAAGACCACGGGCUCCUGUGCCAGCACCAGUCGGCGGGGCUCAGGCCUGGGCAAGCGCGGGGCAGCCGACGCUCGCCGACAGGAGAAAAUGGCCGACUCCGACAACAACCAAGAUGGGGCCAACUCAUCAGCCGCUCGCACUGAUGAUGCAUCACAAGGGGCUUCAGCGUCAAGCUCGGUUGCUGGAGCAGUGGGCAUGACCACCUCUGGUGAGAGUGAGUCUGAUGAUUCUGAAAUGGGAAGGCUUCAAGCUCUACUAGAGGCCAGAGGUCUCCCUCCACAUCUUUUUGGGCCCCUGGGACCCCGCAUGUCUCAACUCUUUCACAGGACCAUAGGCAGUGGAGCCAGUUCCAAGGCUCAACAGCUUCUGCAAGGCCUCCAGGCCACAGGUGACGAGUCUCAGCAACUCCAAGCCGCAAUAGAAAUGUGCCAGUUGCUUGUGAUGGGCAAUGAGGAAACACUUGGUGGAUUUCCUGUGAAAAGUGUCGUUCCUGCCUUGAUUACACUGUUACAAAUGGAGCAUAACUUUGAUAUUAUGAACCAUGCCUCGCGUGCACUCACUUACAUGAUGGAGGCCCUCCCUCGAUCUUCUGCUGUGGUGGUCGAUGCCAUUCCUGUCUUCCUGGAGAAGCUUCAGGUGAUUCAGUUCAUUGACGUAGCAGAGCAGGCCCUGACUGCCUUGGAGAUGUUGUCAAGGCGACACAGCAAAGCCAUUUUGCAGGCCGGUGGGCUUGCUGACUGCCUCCUGUACCUGGAGUUCUUUAGCAUUAAUGCUCAGAGGAAUGCCUUGGCUAUUGCAGCCAACUGCUGCCAGAGCAUUACUCCAGAUGAGUUCCACUUUGUUGCUGACUCUCUGCCACUGUUGACUCAGAGACUUACUCAUCAGGAUAAGAAGUCAGUUGAAAGUACUUGUCUCUGUUUCGCCAGACUGGUGGACAACUUUCAGCAUGAAGAGAACCUGUUGCAGGAGGUGGCAUCAAGGGACCUGUUGACAAACAUCCAGCAGCUGUUGGUAGUGACUCCUCCUGUGCUCAGCUCGGGGAUGUUCAUCAUGGUUGUGCGCAUGUUUUCACUUAUGUGCUCCAACUGUCCAUGCCUGGCAGUCCAGCUUAUGAAACAGAACAUAGCAGAAACUCUGCGUUUCCUUUUGUGUGGAGCGUCAAAUGGCAGCUGCCAGGAACAGAUUGAACUGGUACCCCGGAGCCCCCAGGAGCUCUACGAGCUGACCUCACUCAUAUGUGAGCUGAUGCCCUGCUUGCCCAGAGAAGGCAUCUUUGCAGUUGAUGUAAUGCUUAAGAAGGGCAGUGUCCAGACAACAGAGGGAGCAAUCUGGCAGUGGAGGGAUGACCGGGGACUGUGGCAUCCUUACAACCGCAUUGACAGCCGCAUUAUUGAGACAGCCCACCAGAACGGGGAAGAUGAGAUCAGCUUGUCAACCCUCGGCCGCGUAUACACAAUUGACUUCAACUCUAUGCAGCAGAUCAAUGAAGACACAGGAACAGCACGUGGUAUCCAGAGGAAACCUAACCCUCUUGCUAACCCCAACACAGGCAGCCACCAAGAGGUCCGUCGUGAAGAUGCACGAGCCCAGUUGAUGAAGGAGGACCCUGAGCUGGCAAAGUGCUUUAUCAAAACUCUGUUCGGGGUCUUGUAUGAGGUGUACAGCUCAUCAGCUGGCCCAGCUGUCAGACACAAGUGCCUUAGAGCCAUCCUCAGGAUCAUCUACUUUGCUGAUGCAGAGCUGCUGAAGGAUGUGCUGAGGAACCAUGCUGUGUCCAGUCACAUUGCCUCCAUGCUAUCUAGUCAGGACUUGAAGAUUGUAGUGGGUUCACUGCAGAUGGCUGAGAUCCUCAUGCAGAAGCUCCCAGAUGUUUUCAGUGUUUAUUUCAGAAGAGAAGGUGUCAUGCACCAAGUGAAGAAUUUGGCAGAGUCUGAGAGCUUUUUGGUCACUAGUCCUCCAAAGGCUUGCCCUAGUGGCACCGCCAGUCUCUGCACUACCACCAUCAGCACUGCAUCCACCACAUCUGCUAAUAAUACAACUCCUGACCUGGGCUCACCCAGCUUCCAGCACAGCAUGGACGACUCGCUGGACCUCAGCCCUCAAGGGCGGUUAAGUGAUGUCUUAAAAAGGAAACGACUACCUAAAAGAGGACCUAGAAGGCCCAAGUACUCGCCACCAAGAGAUGAUGAUAAAGUAGACAAUCAGGCUAAGAGCCCUACCAGUACUCAGUCACCCAAAUCAUCCUUCUUGGCCAGUCUCAAUCCCAAGACAUGGGGCAAGCUGGGUGCUCAGACCAACAAUGCCAACUCUGAGCCCUCGCGCACAGCAGGAGUGAGUGGCCUCGCAAGGGCCCCUCCCAAGGACUCAAUUUCAAAUAACCGAGACAAAAUUAAGGCCUGGAUCAAAGACCAAGCGACUAAGUUUGUGGAGCGCUACUUCAACUCUGAAAAUGUGGAUGGCAGCAACCCUGCACUGAAUGUCCUCCAGAGACUUUGCACAGCCACCGAGCAACUCAACCUCCAGGUGGACGGUGGUAUGGAGUGCUUAGUGGAGAUCUCCAGUAUUGUGUCAGAAUCUGAUGUGUCGUCUUUUGAGAUCCAGCACAGUGGGCUGGUGAAGCAGCUGUUGGUCUACCUGACCGCCAACACAGACAGAGAAUUGCUGAGUCGUGAUGUGCGGCUCAAAAGGUUCCUCCAUGUGUUCGGUGGCUGUCCGCCUCCAGGAAUGGAGCCCAUAGGUCGCCUGGAUCUAGCUGAGAAUGCACCUUACUUGGCCAUGGUGCACAAGAUGAACAGCUGUCUGAGCCAAAUGGAGCAAUUUCCUGUCAAGGUGCACGAUUUUCCCAGUGGCAACGGCAAUGGCAGCAGGGGGUCUCAGGCACUCAAGUUCUUCAACACACAUCAGCUUAAGUGUCAGCUGCAGAGACACCCAGAUUGCACUAAUGUUAAACAGUGGAAAGGGGGACCUGUAAAGAUCGACCCUCUGGCUCUGGUGCAAGCCAUUGAGCGGUAUCUUGUUGUCAGAGGAUACGGCCGAAUCAGGGAAGAAGACGAAGACAGUGAUGAUGAUGGCUCAGAUGAUGAAAUAGACGAAUCACUGGCGGCUCAGUUUUUGAAUUCAGGCAGCGUACGUCACAGACUGCAGUUCUACAUUGGUGACCACCUGCUACCGUACAACAUGACGGUGUACCAGGCUGUGCGGCAGUACAGUCUGCAGGCAGAAGAAGAACGGGAGUCAACAGAUGAUGAGGCAAACCCACUUGGCCGAGCUGGCAUCUGGACCAAAACGCACACAAUAUGGCCACACACUUUAUUCCCAUUGCUUCCAGAUGGUGUAUGUCCCAGCGUCAUCAAUCCCUUAGAGACAUACCUCACUUCGGAGCCACCAGAGACCAUAACUUUUGAUGACCCUUCUUUAGAGGUCAUCCUGCUGCUGAGGGUCCUGCACUCCAUCAGUAGAUACUGGUUCUACCUGUAUGAUAACGCUGCGUGUAAGGAAAUUAUCUCUACCAAUGAGUUCAUUAACAGUAAACUGACAGCCAAAGCCAAUCGUCAGCUGCAAGACCCUCUGGUCAUCAUGACUGGGAACAUCCCCACGUGGCUCAUUGAGCUUGGGAAGUCCUGCCCCUUCUUCUUCCCCUUUGACACUCGGCAGAUGUUAUUCUAUGUAACCGCCUUUGACCGUGACAGAGCAAUGCAGCGCUUGUUGGACACAAACCCUGAGAUCAACCAGUCAGAUUCUCAGGACAGCAGAGUUGCACCACGUCUGGACAGGAAAAAGAGGACGAUAAACCGCGACGAGCUCCUAAAACAGGCAGAGUCUGUGAUGCAGGAUCUCGGCAGCUCCAGGGCAAUGCUUGAGAUUCAGUAUGAGAAUGAGGUGGGCACAGGUCUCGGUCCCACUCAGGAGUUCUACGCUCUGGUGUCUCAGGAGCUUCAGCGCGCCGAUCUUGGUCUUUGGAGAGGCGAAGAGGUUACUCUGGCCAAUCCCAAAGGAAACCAAGAGGGAACCAAGUACAUGUUCAGCUCCAGAGGACUGUUUGCUGUUCCCUUCGGCAGGACGACCAAACCAGCGCACAUAGCCAAAAUCAAAAUGAAGUUCCGUUUCUUAGGAAAGCUAAUGGCUAAAGCCAUAAUGGACUUCAGACUGCUGGAUCUGCCCUUGGGGCUGCCAUUUUAUAAGUGGAUGCUACGGCAUGAGAUGUCUAUAAGCUCCCACGACCUGGUGAACAUUGAUCCCGGUGUUGCCAAGUCAAUCCAACACUUGGAGGAUAUUAUCCGCCAAAAGAAGAGGCUGGAGCAAGACCGAUCACAGACGAGGGAGACGCUACAGCAGGCUCUCGAGAGCCUGAACAUGAAUGGCUGCUCAGUGGAGGACCUGGGUUUGGACUUCACCCUUCCAGGAUUCCCAAAUAUUGAGCUGAAAAAGGGCGGCAAAGACGUCCCAGUCACAAUCUACAACCUGGAGGAGUACCUCAGGUUGGUGGUGUACUGGACUCUAAAUGAAGGAGUGUCCAGACAAUUUGAGUCUUUUAGGGAAGGGUUUGAGUCGGUCUUCCCGUUACAUCACCUGCAGUAUUUCUACCCAGAGGAGCUUGACCAGUUGCUGUGUGGCAGUAAAUCGGAGACAUGGGAUGUCAAGACGCUGAUGGAGUGUUGUCGACCGGAUCACGGAUACACACAUGACAGCCGUGCAGUUCGAUUCCUGUUUGAGGUGUUGAGCAGCUUCGAUGCCGAACAGCAAAGACUCUUUCUGCAGUUUGUCACAGGAAGCCCAAGACUGCCUGUCGGAGGUUUCCGGAGCCUGAACCCACCUCUGACAAUUGUGAGGAAGACGUUUGAGUCGACGGAGAAUCCAGACGACUUCCUCCCCUCAGUCAUGACCUGCGUCAACUACCUGAAGCUGCCUGACUACUCCAGCAUAGAGAUCAUGCGAGAGAAACUGUUGAUUGCGGCUCGCGAGGGCCAGCAGUCUUUCCACCUUUCCUGAUCUCGCCACAUCUCAACAUUAAAAUGCCUUCUACAGCAGCCGAUGAAAUCA